AUGUUUUGAAAGAUACAAAAUAAAAAAAAUGUUUCAAAGUUUCAUUCUUGCACCUGUUUUUAAACAAUUGUAUUAAAACUUUCAGUAAUAAAUUAUUUAAAUAAAGACUAGUGAUGGUUUCAUCAGACGCAACCAAGCUCAUUUACUUUAGUUUAGCAGCCAUUUUGUUUAAUUUUGUUUUUGUUAAAUUAUAGUUAGAGAUUCAGAGGAAAUCGCUCUAAUUUUAAAUUUACCAAUGAUGGCUGUUUAUAUAGCAAAUCUUGCUUGCAAACGCUGCUGUUUAAAGUUAAUUUCCGGCUUAUCUUGAUCACUGGUGUGUUACUUGAAGUUUGAAGCACUGCAUUGAAUGGUCUACUAUUAAGAUGAAGAUGAACCUUUGUUUCUGGUCAUAGUAGUUUGAAUUACUGGUAGACACACAAGAAAUGUACAACGUUGAUGAAUGUGAGCGAGCAAGGAAAAAGCUGAGGCAGAUGGUCCUCAGUAAUUUGGGCCAGUACAGGCGGUGGAAUCUGUCCCUGCGUUGUGUAAAGGGUGGUGUUGAAGGCUGGAUGGCUGGGCCGUAUAGUGUGGAGGACUUCCCAAAGCCUAGGGUCACGUUAGCGAGUAAGGCUAAAACCCCUGAUCCCUGUGUUAAAAAUAAUUACGAGGUUGAAAACCCUGAUCCAAAUACUGAUAACGGAGUAAAUAAUGAAAACAAGGUUGAAAACCCUGAUCCAAAUAAUGAUCACGUUGUAAAUAAUGAAAACAAGGUUGAAACCCCUGAUCCAAAUAAUGAUUAUGGAGUAAAUAAUGAAAACCAGGUCACACGUAAGAAAACGGAACACUCAACUGAUAGAUCAAGGUAUUGGUAUGUUGAUAGAAAAGGUUCCCAAACUUGUAAAUACAACUUAAGAAAAAAGAUAAAAUAUCACAGUGUUGUUUUUAGUACAGGCACCAAUGACAAUGAACUCAAUAGUCCUGACGGGUGCAAACACAGAACAUUGUCCGCAAGGAAGACUAAAACGAGGCCUGAAAUUCUGAAUGUGAUUAGCGACACAAAGUUAUGUAUCUCAAAGUCUAGGCUUUCAGAAAAUGGUGAAGAAACCCCUAACAAUGACACAACACCAAAUUGGCCAAAUGGUUCGGCCAACGUUAUUAAUUUGUAAAAAUUAAAAGACAUGACGGGGAAAAAAAAUGUAUUGUUGUGACAGAUGAGUACAGAAUUAUGGAAAAGUAAGUACCUAAGUACUUUCUUUAUUCAAUCAUGACCACCCUAUGACUUACCUGUAAUUAAAUGAAUAUGAAAUGUUCAUUUGGACUUUAAUAUAUAUGAUGCGGAAAUAAAGUGACACCACAUAGGAAUCAAGGAUUGUAAAAGAACUGGAGUUCAGCUGACAAAAUCAUGGAUACUAGUGCAUGUUAGUAAAAAAAAAAAGAGAGAAUGUUCACUUUCCAUUUAGAAAAAAUUUUACAAUCAUUUUUACGUUUUAUUUUACAACUUGUUUGAUAAAAAUUUAUUAAAGUAAAAAGAUAUUA